AUGCACCACCUAGAAGGAGUAGGCGUAGAAUGUAGAAAUUUGUGUGAGAAGACUAUAACACCUAUUGAAAGAGGGCGAAUGAUUGGGAUGCAUGAGGCUAGUUUACCAUUUCGGGAAAUCACCAGAAGACUCGGCCCAACGGAUUCUACGAUAUUAAGAACAAGUCGAGAAUGGAACAACGAAGAGCUACAAAUGCGUCGCAGGGGAACAAGUCUAGGUCUUGUUUGUGGCACUCUGAUGGACGCAUACGUGUUCGAAGGCCUUGAGGCCAAAGGUGAACCAUUGUCCAUAGUAAAGUCACUGCCGAUCAGCGACGGUAAUUAUCUUAUAGUGUACGAGAGUUUAACAAAUCGGUAUGAAAACAAAAGACUUUUGGUUACCACAUAUUGGCAGUCUGUUAAUAACGCCAACAAAGCCACAUCUGACUCGCCACAGUCUCUCCGUAAUUUAGUGAAUAGUUUUACGGAGAAUCUGGCGGCACUAGAUCAAAUUAGUGGAUCACUAAACCCACCAGCGUCACUAGAUCUGUGGGAUUUUACGUUAUUCAAUUGGAUGCUGAGCAAGCUCGACGCUUCAACUCGGAAGCGAUUCGAAUUAGAAAAUAGUGGGAUCGACUUCCCUACUUUUAAUUCUCUGAAAGAGUUCGUGUUGCGACAAUGCAAAGCUCUCGAAGUAAACAAUGCUUCGACCGGGCCAAUGUCGCAACGAGCGAACCCGGUCCCAAAACCAUUAAAACUCGACACACCCCACCAGCGGGGUGUCGUACCGCACGCUUUUGUGGCAAAUACGGAUAGUAAUAAAAAGGUACACACCGUUCGCGCGUUGCUUGACAGUGGCAGUCAAGCAUCGUUUAUUACAGAGAAAUGUCAGCGACAACUGGGCCUCGGUCUUAUUCAAUCCCAUACCCCUAUCAUUGGGCUUAACGGAAUAGAAUCGAAAGCUGGUAGUAUGGUAUCGUGCAUCGUACAACCAUACUUCCGCGAAACACCACGUCUUUCGGUUUCGGCGAUGGUAAUAAAAAAGAUUUUUGAAGACAUGCCUGUAGUUAACCCACCUGCCAAUCGGCCACAUCGGUUCGUAAUAAUUGGCGACAUUAAACAAAUGUAUAGGCAGAAUCUGGUAGUUCCGCACCACCGCGACUAUCAACGAAUUCUGUGGCGGUUUCACCCGGAUGAACCCAUUCGUGAAUUCCGUCUAAACACGGUGACCUACGGUGUAGCUUCAGCAUCCUUUUUAGCGCUUCGCACCUUGGCAGAAUUAGCAAACAUCGGCCAAGAUCAGUUCCCGUUGGCUUCGCGAGCGUUAUCGAAACACACUUACGUCGAUGAUAUCGUUACGGGCACAAACUCUGUGGCGGAUGGUCAACAACUUCGGACCGAACUCGAAACAUUGUUAGGCUCGGCCGGGUUUCAUCUCCAUAAAUGGUCGAGCAACUGCCCCGAAUUAGUGCCAUGUAAUCGGGAUUCGCACGAGGACGACACACACACGUUUGAUAGUGAGUCGUUUCAAAAAAUUUUAGGCCUAAGUUGGCACGCGCAGAAGGACAGUUUCUCAUACAUCGUAAAACCAUUGAAUCGUACUUGCACUAAGCGUACCAUCUUAUCAGACUUGGCACGCAUCUUCGAUCCUCUCGGAUUUUUAGCGCCGUUAACUUUCUUUGCAAAGUGUCUAAUUCAAAACUUAUGGACACUCGGGUUACAAUGGGAUGACGAACCUCCUGAACCCAUAGUUGACAAAUGGCAGAAGUACUCGGAAGAGCUUCUCUUAUUAACGCGAUUAGAGAUCCCUCGUCACUUGAAUUCAGAUUCUUACAGUGCAUUGCCGUUGCACGGAUUUUGUGAUGCUUCCGAAUCGGGAUUUAGUGGAGCUGCUUACUUCCGGUACGAAAUGGCGGACGGUCAAAUAAUUACGAAAUUAGUUUGCGCUAAGACUAAAGUCGCCCCACUAAAGCGGGUCACGUUGCCUCGAUUGGAACUUUGCGGCGCCCUACUACUUGCUAAACUGAUAUCUCGGGUCUGCAAAACAUAUCAGAAUUGUUUCAAAUUCCAAAAGAUCUUUGCGUGGAGCGACUCCACCGUUGCGUUAUCUUGGAUCAAAUCAUCACCACAUCGGUGGAAAUGCUUUGUAGCGAACCGAGUCGCACAGAUUCAAGAUUUGAUACUCCCUUCUAGUUGGAAACAUAUUCGUUCCGAGCAGAACCCUGCAGACUGUGCUUCACGCGGUUUGCUCCCAUCGGAGCUGGUGCACCAUUCCUUAUGGUGGGCGGGCCCCACGUGGUUGCAGCUCCCGGAGAUAGAAUGGAAUCUCGGAGAUUCAAACGAACCAAAUCAAUCGCUCGCGGUCAUGACGGAGAAAAAAAAGGUGGUCCUGAAUGUGGUCACAUCUCGAGAUCAUAUUAUUGACAUUUUGUUGAAUCGAUAUUCCUCUCUACGGAGUGUGCAACGAGUGAUAGCAAUUCUUAUUCGAUUCACCCGCAACGCGCGAAACAAAGAGCAACGAGUCAGUGGCCACUUAACUGCAGAGGAACUUCACAGAGCUCUGUUAGUUGUUAUUCAACAUGUUCAAGCCAGUUGUUUUGAGGAUGAAAUCGCGAAGCUACGACGCAAUCAACAACUGUCAAAGGCACUUCAACGGCUCAAUCCGUUUCUAGAUAACCGCGGUUUUCUUAGGGUGGGCGGCCGUCUUCAACAUCCGCAACUUCCCUUCGACGCAAAACAUCCCUUGCUUCUUCCUUCAAAACACCGAUUAACUGAGCUGCUAAUAGAACAAUUUCACGUGCGAUAUUUACAUGUAGGACACCAAACGCUAUUCUUCUUGUUGCGCCAGCAGUUCUGGAUCCUCUCAGCGAAGCGCGCCAUUAGAUCGGUUGUAUCACGGUGUAUUCGAUGCUUUCGCACCCGUCCGACGUCAAUUACACCACUCAUGGGAAACUUACCUUAUGCCAGAGUCAACCACCUCAAACCCUUUUUGCAUAGUGGGGUGGAUUUUGCCGGUCCUAUUAGUCUGACAAUGGGCAAAUAUCGAGGAACGCGAACGACGAAGGCAUACAUUUGCAUUUUUGUGUGUAUGUCGGUAAAGGCGGUACAUCUCGAGUUAGUAUCUGAUUUAACUUCGGACGCCUUUAUUGGAGCAUUUCGACGCUUCAUAGCUCGUCGUGGUAGAUGUACAGACUUAUACAGUGACUGUGGCACUAACUUUGUUGGAGCAAAUAAAGUGCUGCUACAGUAUGCCAAAAAUGCAGCAAGCUCACUAGAAUUAAAAUGGCAUUUUAAUCCUCCGAAUGCCCCAAAUUUCGGGGGUCUCUGGGAAGCAGGGGUGCGGUCCGUGAAAACUCACAUCGUUCGGGUAAUCGGUGCCCAAUCACUUACCUUCGAAGAGUACUACACCCUGCUAGUGCAAAUCGAAGCGGUCUUGAACUCUCGCCCACUAUUCUCUGCUAGCCCUGAUCCCAACGAUUUGAAUGCUUUAACACCUGGCCACUUUUUAGUAUUAGAACCUUUAUCUAGUCCGCCAGAUGAAGACGUCAGUACUCUAAAACUCAAUCGCCUCAAUCGCUGGCAAUUAAUCCAACGUUGUCAACGCGAUUUUUGGAAGCGGUAUCAAACAGAGUACCUUCACACUUUGCAGCAAAGGACAAAGUGGUGCAAGGUGGAACAGGGCCCGCAGAUCAAUUCAGUAGUUGUGAUAAGGAACGAUAAUGCCCCCCCGCUGCAGUGGCGGUUAGGGCGAAUUGUGGAACUCCACCCCGGUGCAGACGGAGUUCAUAGAGUCGCCACUAUUAAAACUUCCCUGGGUCUACUAAAACGACCAAUUUCAAAAUUGUGCCCACUGCCAGUAGAGUCCUAA